UUCCGAGGAGCCGAACCUGGUGGUCCUGCGGACCAGAACAACAUGUUCGUGUUGCUGUCGGCCGCGGCCGGCCUGCUGGGCCUGCUCCUCUCCUACAUCUGGACUUUCUGUCCUCACUUCUGGGAGGACUGCGCCUACAUCCUGAGGAGCCUCACACUGGGCUCCAGGCUGCUCCGGUACCAGAGGUCCAAACCCUUCUACAGCAUCGUGGACUGCUUCCUGGACGCGGUGAGGAGGAGCCCGGACAAAGUCUUCAUCCACUUCGAGGGUCGAGCUUACUCCUACUCGGAGGUGGACCGGAGGAGCAACCAGGUGGCCCGGACCCUGCAGGCUGAAGCCCGGCUGGAGGAGGGGGACACCGUGGCCCUGUUCCUGUCCAACGAGCCCACCUACGUGUGGACCUGGCUCGGUUUGGCCAAACUGGGCUGCCCGGCUGCCCUGCUCAACUUUAACAUCCGGUCCAAAUCUCUGCUGCACUGCUUCUCCUGCUGCGGGUCCAAAGUCAUCAUCGCCUCCCCAGAGCUGCAGGCUGCGGUGGAGGAGGUGCUGCCGACGCUGAGGGAGCAGGGGAUCAGCGUGUACCUCCUGUCGGACCGCUGCAGCACGCCGGGCAUCAACCCUCUGUCCGACAAGAUCUCCGAGGCCUCGGAUGAGCCGCUGUCCCUGGACCUGCGGGCCGACAUCCACCACAGGAGCACCGCUCUGUACAUCUACACGUCCGGAACCACAGGUUUGCCCAAAGCGGCCGUGAUCACCCAUGAGAAAAUGUGGGCCGCCUCCUUCGUCCAGGCGGCGUGUGGAGUCACAGCGGAGGACACCUUCUACAUCAACCUCCCUCUCUACCACAGCGCCGGCUUCCUCAUCGGGAUGAUCGGAUCCAUCGAGAGAGGUAUCACCGUCGUCCUGAAGAGGAAGUUCUCUGCCUCUCAGUUCUGGGACGACUGCAGGAAGUAUGACGUGACGGCCAUGCAGUACAUCGGGGAGACGCUGCGCUACCUCUGCAACUCGCCCAGGAGAGAAAACGAGAAGAGUCACAAAGUGAGAAUCGCCAUCGGCAACGGAGUCCGGACCGACGUUUGGACCGAGUUUCUGAAUCGGUUUGGGGACAUUAAAGUCAGAGAGUUGUACGCCGCCACCGAGGGAAACAUCGGUUUCAUCAACUACACGUCCAAGGUCGGGGCGGUGGGACGGGUCAACUUUGUCCACAGGUUUUUCUUUCCCUUCACGCUGAUCAAGUUUGACAUCGAGAAGGAGGAGCCCGUCAGAAACUCUGAGGGUCUGUGCAUCAAAGCAGCCCCAGGGGAAACGGGGCUUUUAGUGGGAAAGGUUACGCAGAGGUCUCCGUUCGUCGGCUACGCUGGCAACAAGCAGCAAACGGAGAAGAAGAGGCUCCGUGACGUCGUAAAGAAAGGCGACCUGUACUUCAACACCGGCGACCUGCUUCGACUCGACCACAACAACUUUGUGUAUUUUCAGGAUCGAGUUGGUGACACGUUCAGGUGGAAAGGAGAGAACGUCGCCACGUCGGAGGUCGCAGACGUUCUCACGAUGGCUCGCUGCGUCUCCGAAGCGAACGUUUACGGAGUUAAAGUGGAAGGUCACGAGGGGCGCAUCGGGAUGGCUGCAGUCACUGUAAGAGACGGAGAACACUUCGACUGCGCAGACGUCUACAGGCAGGUCGUCACCUACCUCCCAGUUUACGCACGACCCAGAUUCAUCAGAACUCAGCCCUGCCUGGAGAUGACGGGAACAUUCAAGAUGAAGAAAGUGAAGCUGGUGGAGGAGGGAUUCAACCCGGCGCUCAUCCAGGAUCCGUUAUACUUCCUAGACUCUGACAAGAAGACCUACGUCCCUCUGACGGACGAGACGUACGGAGCGAUCACGUCAAGAGAGCUCAAGCUCUAACAGAGAUGAAAGUUAAAAACUUUAGGAAAACCAUGAGUGAAGACAAACGGCCACAGAAUCCUAACGAUCCACUAACCUCAGGGACAGACCUCACAGCUCGUCUGAAGAGACUCCUAUUUUUAUUAACACAACUAUUUUGCACCUUUUACAGUUUUCAACUC